AUGGCUCUACCACGAGAAUCAAUGUUUCUCCCGACUAUCAAAUGCUCGUCAUGUAGUCGGGAGGUUGAGAUUUCCAUGAUGGGCGAUCAUGUUUGUGCUCCACCAGAGCCUGAACUUUCCCCUCCACCAGAAAGAUAUGAGGCAUACACUCCAUACAGCCCAGCACCUUUCAGUCCAGGACUCUACAGCCCAGCGUCUCCUGAGAAACCAGGUCACAUACCGCCCUCACUAGAUGUCAACGCUGCCAAUCAUCCGUUUAUGCGAAAAGGACAAUUGACACCAAAUAGUGAACCGCGCAGCACAUCGCCAAUCAAUGACAUGAACUGUUUCUUUGACGACGUUCCAACGCCACACGAAGACGAUCUUAUCAUGCCAUCACCGCGCCCUAUCGACCGCCCUGGAGCUUACGGAGGCUUCGGCGGCCCAGACUUUCAGCCUCGCUCGGUGAGCCCUAAUGGAGGAGUCAACUCGUCCCUAUUCAAGAGAGUGGACACGAUCGCUCCAGGUCCCUUUGAUCCCAUUCGCAGUCCUUCGGCAUCAUCCUUUCCUAAGGAGAUAGCAGAACCCCGCGAUAAGUCGGAAAGCUUCCUGAGUGCAUCACCAAGGGACUAUUUUACCACCCAAAGAAAUGAAAGGUCGCCGUCUCCUACAGGAAGUGCCAGCAACAAUGAUUACGAAGUGUCUGCCCCCCCUCAACGGCCAACACGAGAUGACUACGAAGGUUUUGGACGCCCGUUCGAGGUCGAUGAGUUACUCCAGCCUCAGCCUCUGGGAACAAUGAACCGCUCUGACACGUUCCCCAAACUCGCUGUUCGAUCAGAAGCACCACUAAGGACUACUUCUGCACCUGGCAUCAAACCCGAACGAAAGGUUUCUAGUGGGUUUGGGCAUGCCUCCAAGCCAUCGCUAGGACCAGACACCUCGAGAGCACCUCCGCCACGUAAGAGUCUAUUGCGUCCGUCAAAGUCCAGCAAGUACUCGGGAUCUGUCGAUCUUGCCGCUGAAUUCGGCGUCAACAACCCUUACCACACACCUUCGGACUCUACAUCUUCUGGAUUUUCAACGUUCAGCCGCCAGAGCAACGGCAGCUCUCGAACUAGCCAGACAAGAUCUCAACCUCGGCGUGAUCCCUCUGACCUCUCGGCUAUGGAUGGACUGAUGGAAGAUCUGGAAAGCUCGAUGGAAGCUUUGGGAUCUAAGAACACUCAAGCGGAGGCCCCUGUACGACCUCCACGUGCUCGUUCACCUCUUGCAGAGUCGCCACAAGAUAUGUCUCGCGAGAGAACCGACUCGCCUAACCGAUAUGGGUCUCAACAAAUUCCUCACCAGCGACAGAUUUCACAAUCAAAGCCAUCUUACACACCUUACACCGCGUCACCUCAAGAACACCACCUUACUCCAACCCUGCAGACAACUUCACCGCAAACGCUCCCUCCAGCGUUAGCACCCCCGAUUCGAAAAGCAUCACAGGACCCUGUGCGAUCCCGUGGCAACUGCAAAGCCUGCGGCCUCGCUAUCACAGGAAAGAGCAUCUCCUCUGCGGACGGAAGGUUAACAGGCAAAUACCACAAGGCCUGCUUCGUUUGCACAACAUGCUCUGAACCUUUCACAUCAGCCGAGUUCUAUGUUCUGAACGACAAGCCUUAUUGUGAACACCAUUACCACAAACUCAACGGCAGUCUCUGCGGAAGCUGUGAGAAGGGCAUUGAGGGCCAAUACUUGGAAGACGAAUUCUCAAUCAAGUACCACGUUGGUUGUUUCCGAUGUCUCGAUUGUGGCCGGUCUCUUUCGGAAGGCUACUUCGAGGUGGAAGGCAAGUCGUACUGCGAGCGAGACGCUUGGCGCCGAGUGCAGCAACCAUAUCCUCCUAUGAAAGCACCUCCAGGCCGAUCACAGUCAGGUCCUCGACCUCCCAUGAUGGGUCUCCCUGGCCACCCGGCACAGCGAAUGGGCCCCGGUAUGGGACUCCCACGACCUCCAUACGGCAUGCCGCCGCCUGGAAACCGGUUGGCUCCGGGCCCUCCUGGGCCUCCCGGUCCUCGACCACGAAUGAACAAACGAAACACUCGACUUGGCAUGAUGUAA